GGACAAUUUAGAAAUCACAAUUUCAACUUUCACCAAUCAAACAACAACAACAACAACAACAAUUAACCAAACAGUUUUAAAGUUUUUAGUGUUAACCGUUAAUCCACAAUAAUAAUGACAAAGAUUAUUUAUUUAGCUGCUUCACUCUUAAUUGUUGGAGUAAUUUCCAGUGCUCAAGCUAAAGGAUGGUCGCAUGGCCAUGGACAUGGUCAUCAUGGUGGUCACUCAAACACCUACAGAAAGCAAGAUGCUUGGGGUAAUUACAAGUUCGGUUAUGAUAUUGCCGAUGGAUGGGGAGCUAAAAAUUCACGACACGAAGAAGGUGACGCCUGGGGCAACAAACACGGAGAAUACACUUUGAAAGAUGUUGAUGGUCGAGAGCGAAAGGUUCAAUAUGUUGCCGAUAAGAAAGGUUUCCGUGCGAAAAUCAAGACCAACGAACCUGGAACUGGUUCAGUUGACGCUGCUGAUGCUAUUUACAAUGGUGCUGAUCCUCAUGGACACAGUCACACUCAUGUUCCAUCAGGAUGGAAGGGUGGUCACCAUGGAUGGGGACACCAUGACUCUCACCACGAUUCCCACCAUGGUCAUCAUGGUCAUCACGAUCAUGGUCAUCAUGGACACCACGGACACCAUGGUUGGGGUCAUCAUGAUUCUCACCAUGAUUCUCAUCACGGACAUCACGGUCAUCAUGGUCAUCAUGGUCAUCAUUAAGUAUCCUGAAUUCAUCGCCUCCAUUUCCAGAAUAACAAAACCAAAAAUCAGUAUCAUCCAACCAUUAAAUUGUUAACCAUUAAAUUAAUCAACUCUCAUCCAAUUAAUUGUUGUACUUUUCCUAUUUCGUUUUCUAAUGUAAAAAUGAAACAACAAGAGAUUUUAUAUAAAAAAAAACAUGUACAGUUUAGUUAAAUUAUUUGUGUUGAUUUGAUUGUUUACCUGAAAUUUCAAAAAAAAACCACAAAUUGACAGAUUUAAACAAUCAAAUUAAAAAAAAUCAGUUAGACUUUUUUUUUCUUUCUAUCAACAUAAAAUUAAUUUAAAAAUAAAAACCUAAUAAUUUCAAUUGCCAUCAUUUGUUAUUUACCUUGUUAUUAAUUUUGAUGAUGAUGAGUUGAUUAUUUGCUGAUUGUGAUUGGCUGUUGAUCAACAGUUGAAAUUAAAUUAAAUGCAAGAUCAUUCGCCAUAAAGUAAUCAUUAAAAUGAUUGUAAUCCAACAGUUAACAACAAUUAGAAUUGAUCAUUUGUUUUGACUUUGAGUUAGUCUUUGAAUUAUUGAGGUUGUGAUAAUAUUGUUUUCCAGAAUUAAUUUGAUUCAAUUUUAUAUAGAUAAUUUUCUUUUUUGAUUGUGAUCCCAAAGAGUUAAUUAAGUUAUGGGUGUUCCACUUAUCUCGGAAACCAAUAAGAAUAAGGAAUUGUUAUUGGAAAUUGAUUCUAUUGUGCCGGACACUAAUGGUCAUCAUCUUGCAGAUAUUUCCUUGUCUUCCAAUGAUUCUUUGAGCCGAAGUCGGAGAAGAUGGAAGUUGAUUAAGAUAAUCAGUAAAAUGAAUCCUUCUUUCCAAGGUAAAUCGAAGAAAUUAAUUUUCUACCAAUCACUUAGUGCGAUUCUUUCAAUGAUAUUAACUGGAAUCAUGAUCUAUUGGUUGGUAAAGUUACAAUCGACAUCAAAUUCAUCUGAAUUGUUGCCAUCAUCUUCAUUCCUUGUUUCAUCUCAAUCUCAAUCUUCAUCAUCAUCUUCAUUAUCACCAUCAUCAUCUACACAAUCACCGCCAUCAAAACCGGAACCUACGAUAACUUUAGGAUGGCCUGGAAAUUAUGAUCCCGCUGAUUACGAAACAUUCAGUGUAAUGGAUAAUCCAGUUCUCAGAUUAACGGAGAAUUCAAAUAAUACCAAUGGUAAUGAUGAUGUUGAGACUUUAAAGGUUACUGAUUCGAUUUCCGAUAAAUCAGGUGAAGAUGGUGAAGAGAAAAGCGAAGAUGAAGACAAUUCAUUGAGAAAAUUUCCACCACCAUUACCUUUUCCACCUUUUCAAUCAUUUCCAUCGAAUUGGUUUCAAGGUCCAUUUAAUGGGCCACUUUUUUUACCUCCUUUUUUCCCACCUUCUUCUCCUCCUUCACAACCGCCAUUCCAAAUGAUGGAUCCAUUUGAAUCAGAUGAAUCAUCAAAUCCGAUUGCCGAUCAAUUUUUUGAUCAUUUUACACCACCGACCUUCAAUUUGGCCAAAAUUAAAUCAUCGGCACAAAAAUUACAUGCAUCCGCUGUUGGAGCAUUAGAUGAAUUGAUGAAAAAGCUCAAGGGCAGCGGCUCUUUGGUUGACUUUCUAGUGACCAAUAAUGAAGAUGAACAAAUGGAUCCCGAACUGGUAGUCCGAUCGGAAGAUGAUCAAGAUCAAGCAUCCGAUUUAAUGGAAACUUUCAAUGAUACCGAUCAGCUCGAUGAUACAGUUGAUAAUCUGUUCAAUUUGAUUAAGAAAAUUGUCUUUUAAUCAAACCAGCAAAAGAAAACCACACCCAUGAAAUCCUAAUUGGGCUAAUAAUCAUCACCGUUACAAUUUACAUCCAUAGAAAUUGAAUCGAAUUUUUUAUGUUCCAUUUAUAUAUAAAUUUUAAAACAAUCAAUCAUUACCAUUUUUUUUGCUUAUUCGUCGAUACCAAUCGUUGAUUAUUAGUUCCAAUCAAAUUUUGCCAAACCAUUAAGGGAGAUAUAAACACUUAUGAAAAGUCCUGUAGAGAUGAAAACAAAAUAAACUGUUACUCUCAAUGAA